AAAUGGUUCAACAUUUUUUUUUUAACUUGGGACUGCCAAGAGCUGAAGGAGAGUGGUGAGCAAAGGAAUGAAGGGAGAGAGAAACUAAACUGGAAGCUUGAGUUUUGUGUAGCUUCUGAAACCUUAUGAAUGGAUUACUAGAAGCUGAGAGCCAGGAGAGACCUAGAGGGGAUGCAAGAUCCCUUACACAUUAAAAGGGGGAGAAAAGCAGGCGGAAUUCUUCUUCCUGGCUGUGUUAUCCCUCCUUCCUGAAAUGAAUGGAACCCACAAGACUCCCAGAAGGUGAAGUCAAGAGCUCCCAGGCUCAUAAGGUUAUUAGAACAGCAAACUGACAACCCAAAUAACUUUACGGAGACUUUCAACCUUCCAACAAGUUGGAUGAGGGAUUAAAAACCAACAACCAACAACCCCAAGCACCAAACUGAAGGAAACACUCUAACCUUCACGGACAGACUGGAAGUUGGUUGGGGACCUGGCUGAGGACAUCGGAGAAUGAAAGUUAAGUACCAGCUUGGAUUUUCGUGCCCCUAGAUUAUUUUUGCAUGUAAAAAUAAGAAGAUUCAAAUUGUGUGUCUCUGUGUAAAAGUUCUAGCAAAAUUUGUUUUAAGGUGAACUUAUGUUGGCUUAAGGACUACAGAAAGAGAAGGUAAUUCCGAGGGAAGGAAGAAGAGAAAGAAACGAAAAUUAGAGAAUAAGUUUAUUUUGACUGACUUCAGAUAGUGAGGGGUAUGUGCUUGUGAGUGUAUAUUUGAGAGACUUGGCUCAUGCCUGUGGGUCUCUCUUCUAGUAUCACAGAGGGGAGGGAUUGUUGAAGAAGAAGGAGGGGGGAAGAAACCUGAGCUCUCUGGGAGGAAAUUCAAAGGAACCAAGAGGAAUUAAGUUCAUUCUGCAAGGACUAAAUUAGGAAGAGAGAUAUCAAGGGAGAAGCGUGCAGGAAGCACAUGUGGCAGGAAGGCGUAGAAGCCGCGCUGGCAGAGUGGUCAGCACAGGUAGCCAGCAGAGGCAUUCUUGAGGCUAUUUGAAAAAGUUUGGUCUGCGAACAAAACAGUUUCCCUGGUGACUGCAAAUCCAUUGCUAGCUGCCCCUUUCUCUUCUGCCCAUCACUCUGGUGUGGUACCCAGAACUUGACUUCUGGUUCUGUAGAAAGAGCUAUGGGAGGUAUGAUGUGCUUAAAGAUCCUGAGAAUAAGCCUGGCUAUUUUGGUUGGGUGGGCAUUUUGUUCUGCCAGCUCUGAGCUGGGCUGGACACACAAGAAAUCCUUGGUUCAGAGGGAACACCUGAGUCAGGUUCUGUUGGAAGGAGAACGUUGUUGGCUGGGAGCCAAGGUUCGAAGACCCAGAGCUGCUCCACAGCAUCACCUCUUUGGAGUCUACCCCAGCAGGGCUGGGAAAUACCUGGGGCCCUACCCUGUGGGAGAGCAGGAAAUCCACCAUACGGGACGCAGCAAACCAGACACGGAAGGAAAUGCUGUGAACCUUGUUCCCCAAGACCUGACAGAAAAUCCAGCAGGACUGAGGAGUGCAGCUGAACAGCCAGCUGCCCUGUGGGUAGGGGAUGGUCCUGUUGGGCAAUCUGAGCUUCUGGGAGAUGAUGACACUUAUCUUGAAAAUCAAGGGUCCAAGAAGACUCUAGGUGGGGCUGGGACUCAGAAAGAUUCGGCCAUUUUCACAACUCUAAAGGAACCCAAACCAGAGACCCAAAAGAGGGGCUGGGCCAAGUCCAGACAGCGUCGUCAAGUGUGGAAGAGGCAGGAGGAAGAUAUACUGGGAGACUUUGAUAUCUCUUCACAUUUCCAACCUUGGUCCAAGCAUUCCCUUAAGCACAGGGUCAGAAAGAGUCCACCGGAGGACAGAACCCAAAAUGGUGGAGAGGACUCCUACAGGGAAGCAGAGACCUUUAACUCCCAAGUAGGACUGCCCAUCUUAUACUUCUCUGGGAGGCGGGAGCGGCUACUGCUGCGUCCAGAAGUGCUGGCUGAGAUUCCCCGGGAGGCGUUCACAGUGGAAACCUGGGUUAAACCGGAGGGAGGACAGAACAACCCGGCAGUCAUCGCAGGUGUGUUUGAUAACUGCUCCCACACUGUCAGUGACAAAGGCUGGGCCCUGGGGAUCCGCUCAGGGAAGGACAAGGGAAAGCGGGAUGCUCGCUUCUUCUUCUCCCUCCGUACCGACCGCAUGAAGAAAGCCACCAUCUUGAUUAGCCACAGUCGCUACCAACCAGGCACAUGGACCCACCUUGCAGCCACUUACGAUGGACAACGUAUGGCUCUGUAUGUGGAUGGCACUCAGGUGGCUAGCAGUCUCAGCCAGUCUGGUCCACUGAACAGCCCCUUCAUGGCAUCCUGCCGCUGUUUGCUCCUCGGGGGAGACAGAUCUGAGGAUAGACACUAUUUCCGUGGACACCUGGGCACACUGGCUUUCUGGUCAACCGCCCUCCCACAAAGCCAUUUUCAAAACAGUUCUCAACAGUCAAGUGGGGAGGAGGAGAUGACUGACUUGGUCCUGAUAGCGAGUUUUGAGCCUCUGAACACAGAGUGGGUUCCCUUUAGAGAUGAGAAAUACCCACGACUUGAGGUUCUCCAGGGCUUUGAGCCAGAGCCUGAGAUUCUGUCUCCUUUGCAGCCCCCACUCUGUGGGCAAACGGUUUGUGACAAUGUGGAAUUGAUCUCCCAAUACAAUGGAUACUGGCCCCUUCGGGGAGAGAAGGUGAUACGCUACCAGGUCGUGAACAUCUGCGAUGAUGACGGCUUAAGCCCCAUUGUGAGUGAGGAGCAGAUUCGUCUGCAGCACGAGGCACUGAAUGAGGCCUUCAAUCGCUACAACAUCAGCUGGCAGCUGAGUGUCCACCAGGUCCACAAUUCUACCCUGCGACACCGGGUUGUGCUUGUGAACUGUGAGCCCAGCAAGAUUGGAAAUGACCAUUGCGACCCCGAGUGUGAGCACCCACUCACAGGCUAUGAUGGGGGUGACUGCCGCCGGCAGGGCCACUGCUACUCCUGGAACCGUAGUGAUGGGCUCUGUCACAUGGAGUGCAACAACAUGCUGAACGACUUUGACGAUGGGGACUGCUGCGACCCCCAGGUGGCUGAUGUGCGCAAGACCUGCUUUGACCCUGACUCACCCAAGAGGGCAUACAUGAGUGUGAAGGAGCUGAAGGAGGCCCUGCGGCUGAACAGUACUCACUUCCUCAACAUCUACUUUGCCAGCUCCGUGCGGGAAGAACUUGCAGGUGCUGCCACCUGGCCUUGGGACAAGGAUGCUGUCACUCACCUGGGUGGCAUUGUCGUCAACCCAGCCUAUUAUGGGAAGCCUGGCCACAUCAACACCAUGAUCCAUGAAGUUGGGCAUGUUCUGGGACUCUACCAUGUCUUCAAAGGGGUCAGUGAAGGAGAAUCCUGCAAUGACCCCUGCAAGGAGACCGUGCCAUCCAUGGAAACGGGAGACCUCUGUGCCGACACUGCCCCCACUCCCAAGAGUGACCUGUGCAGGGAACCAGAGCCCACUAAUGACACCUGUGGCUUCACUGGCUUCCCAGGGGCUCCAUUCACCAACUACAUGAGCUACACAGAUGAUAACUGCACUGACAAUUUCACCCCGAACCAAGUGGCCCGAAUGCAUUGCUAUUUGGACCUGGUCUAUCAGCAGUGGACUGAAAGCAGAAAGCCCACCCCCAUCCCCAUCCCACCCAUGGUCAUCGGACAGACCAGCAAGUCCCUCACUAUCCACUGGCUGCCUCCUAUUAGUGGAGUUGUAUAUGACAGGGCCUCAGGCAGCAUGUGUGGCGCUUGCACUGAAGAUGGGACAUUUCGUCAGUAUGUGCACACAGCUUCCUCCCGGCGGGUGUGUGACUCCUCAGGUUACUGGACCCCAGAGGAGGCUGUGGGUCCUCCUGAUGUGGAUCAGCCCUGCGAGCCCAGCUUGCAGACAUGGAGCCCUGAGGUCCACCUGUACCACAUGAACAUGACGGUCCCCUGCCCCACAGAAGGCUGUAGCCUGGAGCUGCUCUUCCAACACCCAGUCCAAGCUGACACUCUCACCCUGUGGGUCACUUCCUUCAUCAUGGACUCCUCUGAAGUCCUCUUUGACACAGAGAUCUUGCUAGAAAACAAUGAGUCUGUGCACCUGGGCCCCUUAGACACUUUCUGUGACAUCCCACUCACCAUCAAUCUGCACAUGGACGGGAAGGUCUCGGGAGUGAAAGUCUACACCUUUGAUGAGCGGAUAGAGAUUGAUGCAGCGCUCCUGACUUCUAAGCCCCACAGUCCCUUGUGCUCUGGCUGCAGGCCUGUGAGGUACCAGGUUCUCCGCGAUCCCCCAUUUGCCAGUGGUUUGCCCAUGGUGGUGACACAUCUUCACAGGAAGUUCACAGACAUGGAAGUCACACCUGGGCAGAUGUAUCAGUACCAAGUUCUAGCCGAAGCUGGAGGAGAACUGGGAGAAGCUUCACCUCCUCUGAACCACAUCCACGGAGCUCCUUAUUGUGGAGAUGGGAAGGUGUCAGAAAGCCUGGGAGAAGAGUGUGAUGAUGGAGACCUCAUGAAUGGAGAUGGCUGCUCCAAGGCGUGUAAGCUGGAGGAAGGUUUCAACUGUGUAGGAGAGCCAAGCCUUUGCUACAUGUAUAAGGGAGAUGGUGUAUGUGAACCUUUUGAGAGAAGAACCAGCAUUGUAGACUGUGGCGUCUACACUCCCAAAGGAUACUUGGAUCAGUGGGCUGCCCAGGCUUACUCCUCUUACGAAGACAAGGAGAAGUGUCCUGUUUACUUGGUAACUGGAGAACCUCAUUCCCUGAUUUGCAAAUCAUACCAUCCAGAUUUACCCAGCUACCGUCCCCUAACUGGCUGGUUUCCCUGUGUUGCUAGUGAAAAGGAAACUCAGGAUGACAGGAAUGAGCAGCCAGAAGGCAGCCUGAAGAGAGAGGGUGAGGUCUGGCUCAAGGUAUGUUUCAAUAGACCAGGAGUGGCCAGAGCAAUUUUAAUUUUUUUGAUGACUGAUGGCCUAGUCCCUGGACAGCAUGGGCAGCCAACAGUGACUCUCUACCUGACCGAUGUUCAUGGAAGCAACCACCUUCUUGGAACCUAUGGACUGUCAUGCCAGCAUAACCCACUGAUAAUCAAUGUGCUCCACCACUGGAACGUCGUCUUCCCACAUACCACCUCAGUGCUGUUGAAUUUCUCAUCCCCACGGAUUGGCAUCUCAGCUGUGGCUCUAAGGACAUUCUCCCACUUUGGUCUUUCAGCUCCCAGUAACUGCAUCUCAGAGGACGAGGGGCAGAAUCAUCAGGGACAGAGCUGUGUCCAUCGGCCCUGUGGGAGGCAGGACAGCUGUCCGUCAUUGCUGCUUGAUCACGCUGAUGUGGUAAACUGUACCUCUGAAGGCCCAGGUCUUAUGAAGUGUGCUAUCACUUGUCAAAGGGGAUUUGUCCUUCAGGCCAGCAGUGGGCAGUACAUCAGACCCAUGCAGAAGGAAGUUCUGCUCACAUGUUCUUCUGGGCACUGGGACCAGAAUGUGAGCUGCCUUCCCGUGGACUGUGGUGUUCCUGACCCGUCUUUGGUGAACCAUGCAGACUUCUCCUGCUCAGAGGGAACCAGCUUUCUGAAACGCUGCUCAAUCUCUUGUCUCCCACCAGCCAAGCUGCAAGGACUGAACCCAUGGCUGACGUGUCUCGAAGAUGGUCUCUGGUCUUUCCCUGAAGUCUACUGCAAGUUGGAGUGUGAUGCUCCCCCUGUUAUUCCAAAUGCCAACUUGCUCCUGCCUCACUGCCUCCAGCCCAACCACGACGUGGGCACCAUCUGCAAAUAUGAGUGCAAACCAGGGUACUAUGUGAUGGAGAGUGCGGAGGGUAAAGUCAGGAACAAGUUCCUGAAGAUACAAUGCCUGGAAGGUGGUAUCUGGGAGCAAGGCAGCUGCAUUCCUGUGGUGUGUGAGCCACCCCCUCCUGUGUUUGAAGGCAUGUAUGAAUGUACCAAUGGCUUCAACCUGGACAGCCAGUGUGUGCUCAACUGUAACAAGGAAAGUGAAAAGCUUCUUAUCCUCUGCACUAAAGAGGGACUGUGGACCCAGGAGUUUAAGUUGUGUGAGAAUCUGCAAGGAGAAUGCCCACCACCUCCAUCAGAGCUGAAUUCCGUAGAGUACAAAUGUGAACAAGGAUACGGGAUUGGCGCAGUGUGUUCCGCAUUGUGUGUAAUCCCCCCCAGUGAUCCCGUGACGCUGCCUGAGAACAUCACUGCUGACACUCUGGAGCACUGGAUGGAACCUGUCAAAGUCCAGAGCAUUGUGUGUACUGGUCAGCGUCAAUGGCACCCAGACCCCGUCCUGGUCCACUGCAUCCAGUCGUGUGAGCCCUUCCAAGCAGAUGGUUGGUGUGACACUAUCAACAACCGAGCCUACUGCAACUAUGACGGGGGAGACUGCUGCUCUUCCACGCUCUCCUCCAAGAAGGUCAUUCCAUUUGCUGCUGACUGUGACUUGGAUGAGUGCACCUGCCGAGACCCCAAGGCAGAAGAAAAUCAGUAACUGUGGGAACAAGCCCCUCCCUCCACUGCCUCAGAGGGAGGUGACCUGGCACAGGGAGGCUGGGGUCAGGAUGACUGAGCCUGGACCUAGAAAGUCAAUAUGUAGGAGGUAUUGGUGAUUUGUGAUCCAUGGGCAGCAGCAUAAUGAUCUGCAAGGAUGAAAACUACAAAGUUUCAAAGGUGACAAAUCUGAAUUUGCAUUCUGGGUCCAUUACUCACUAGGUAAGUCGUCUAGUUACUGAAACUCUCUGAGCCUCAGUUUCCUAAAUAUCUACUUUCGCCCAAGACCAAGCCCAGCAUAGUGGUUAAGCAGUGCCAGGCAAGAAGGGGUUAAAGAGUGAUUGAUGGAGAUGAUGUGUAUAGAUUACUCUCUCAAAACAUUUGCAGCCAGGUGUGGUAGCUCAUGCCUGUAAUCCCAGCACUUUGGGAGGCUGAGGUGGGAGGACCCCUUGAGGCCAGACAUUUGAGACCAGCCUGGCCAACAUAAUGAAACCUCCCUUCCACUAAAAAUAGGAAAAUCGAGACUGGCAUAGUGGCACACACUUGUAGUCCCAGCUACUCGGGAGGCUAAGAAGGGAGAAUCACUUUAACUUGGGAGGUAGAGGUUGUAGUGAGCAGAGAUUGCACCACUGCACUCCAGCCUAGGUGGCAGAACAAGACUCCAUCUAAAAAAAAGAAUGGCUGGGCAUGGUGGCACAUGCCUGUAAUCCCAGUACUUUGGGAGGCUGAGGCAUGUGGAUCAUGAGGUCAGGAGAUCAAGACCAUCCUGGCCAACAUGGUGAACACUCCCAACUCUGCUAAAAAUACAAAAAAAUAAAUUAGCUGGGCAUGGUGGCAUGUGCCUGUAAUCCCAGCUACUCGGGAGGCUGAGGCAGGAGAAUUGCUUGAAGUAGGAGAAUUGCUUGAACCAGGGAGUCAGAGGUCGCAGUGAGCCGAGAUCACACCACUACAUUCCAGCCUGGCAACAGAGCAAGACUCUGUCUCAAAAUAAAAUAAAAUUGACAGUGAAGAAAAGGAGGAGAGGAGAGAAUUGCCCUUUUGUGACUUCAAAAUUCCCAAACACCAUGCUUCUCUAACCUUAGAGGGACUAAGAUGUGUGCCAUCAUUAGUUAUGUUCUCAGGACAGUUAGAACAGAUGGAAACUCCUAUGUGGUUUGGCUGCCAGGAGAUGUUCUAUCCCACUGAUUCGGAAAGAAGCAAAAUGGAUCUGUAAGGCAACGGUGGUAACAUGUGGAGCUGAGGAAAAGGAAGUGGGCUAGGGGGAAAUUUGGAGUUGGCAGAAACUCAGCUGGCAUAUGCCUGUAAAGUUGCAUUACCUAUGUGAGGAACACUGGUUAUUUUCUUCAAAAGACAAUUGAAUUGCUGAAUUUAUUGCAUUGCACAAUAGCACCGUCCAGUGCAACCUUUGACGAUGGAAAUGUUCUAUGUCUGCGUUGUCUGAGGUAGUAGCCACUAGGCACUACAGGUUGCUCUCUAGCCCUAGUGACCAAUGAGACUGAAAAACUGAAUUCUAAAUGUUACUUAAUUUCAGUGCCUUUUAACAGCGACAUGUAGCUAGCCAUGUCACUGGCCAGCACAGUUCUAAAGCAUCACACACACAUAUAUAAUUCAACUUGCUUUUAAAUCAUGCUACUUAUAUCUCAUGGCUAAUGUAAGGUUGCAUGAUGCUCAGGUGGAUAUUUUAGGUUAUAUUAUCUAGUUUGAAAAAAUAAGUUUAAUAAAUAAUCUACAAAUUAUACAUCCAGAUGCCUGAAACCAUAAAUUCAAAAGCAAACACAAAGACCUCUUACUGGCAUGUAGCUUUCAUAAAGCCAGUUUUUAGUGGCUAAGAUAAGUAGUAAUUCCUGGGAUGCUAACUUUGGGAAAUCAGACAGUGACUGGAGAGCAGUGAAGCACUCAACAUAAAUGAGACAUGAGAAAUAUUGAGAGAGGCACAAAGAAGCCCCAGAUGGCACAUCCAGUAAGUGGCAGAGCCAGUAUUUGGACCCAGUUGUCUGGUUCUAGGGUUUGUGCAUUCACCCACCACGCUCUAUCACAACACUCCAUUUCCUGAGAAACCACACGCAUAAAUCACUGUACUUAGUUUUGCAGAUUCUCAGGCUUGAAAGGGUCUCCAAAAGCCCACUGUUAUUCACUAUAACAUUCCUUCCAGUAAGUUGUCCUGCUUCAUUAUGAAUUCACCUCAUAUUAAGGAACUCACUGUAUCCCAAAGCUAUAUGUUUUAUAUCCAGCCUUCUCUGAUUUUAAUGAAGUUAAAAAUACUCACAUAGCUGAUAGUAUCAUUAUUUUAGUCAAUAUAUUUUUGUUGAAUAACUAUUACAUCCCAGGCACUAGGGAUACGGUAGUGAGUAAAUUGCAAUCUCUGUCCUCAAGAAACUUGAGAAGUUGAAGGAGACAGAUAAUAUGCAAUAAGUAUGUAUGCCAGCUGUUGAAGAUUGCUGUGGGAAAAGAGAGCAGGGAGUGGGGAUAAGGAGGGGCAGGGCGGCAAAGGAGCUGGUUCACACGGGGAAGGCCCAUGGAUGCUUCUUGGAGAUGCGAAGGGAGUGAGGAAAUGAGCCAAGGGAUACCUGGGAGGGAGAAUGAACUAGGCACAGUGAACAGCAAAUGUGAGGUGGGAGAGAACUUCAUGUGUGUGAGGAAGAGCAUUGAGACCGGUAUGGCUGCAGCAGAAUGAGGGAGACAGGUGAGGCUGGAGAAGUACGGAGGGGUGGAGGGGACCCUGGAGGAUCUUGUUAGCUAUGAUAAUGACUCUGGCUUUUACUCAGAGUAAAACUGUUUUUGACACCAGUUUCUUUAUACUUGUAAAUAAUCCAUGCGUAUCCUUCGUGUCUUUCACAUCCAUCAUCCUCCUUUCCAUCUGCUGUGCUCUCAUUCUGUCUGGGGCUGGCAUCGCUUCCAUGGUAAAGUCUCUAAGCAAGUGCUCCUCACCUUCCUCGUCCCCCUCCAAUCCAUUCCAGCACAGUGAGUACACACUUCCUCUGAAAGCACAGCUCUUAUGGAGUCAUCCACUACUCAGGAAAAGAGUUCGCUGUCUCUGUGUGUCCUUAAGGUUCAAACCAGUCUCAGCACAGCCAGCCCUUUACACUGAUCUCCCCUGCUUCUGAACACAUACUCCAUACCCUUGCCAAAGGUGGUAACUCCCCAGUCCCUGAAGUUUCCACUUUUGUGCUCAUGUUAUUUGUUUACCUAGAGUGCCGUCUCUUCUACCUUCAUGUGACAAAAAACUUGCUCAUUUUUUUAGUUGCUUCUCACACAUCUCCAAUCUAAUGAAGACUUUCUUUAUCUUUCUGUUCGAUGAGAUUUAAGGUGUUCAUGACCCCUAUUGUCCUCUUCUAGGAUAAUCAAUAUAUCUGACUGAUUUUUAUUAGAUGUGUGUUCUUAUCUUUCCCCACUAUUCAACUGUAACCUCUUUAAAAGCAGGUGAACUCGGGGCUCCACUAGGCCAUUUGAUGCCUUUUGGGAGAAUUGGAAAAAGGCAUCAUUUUAUCUGAGUAAAGGCAAAUCAGUGUCAGAGACUAUGGCUUGAAAAAUUCAGGUAGCAUGGCUGGGUUUCUGGACACAUUCACUCCUUGGACCAGGCAGCCUUGGGCAGGACACAACCUCACACCUCUAUGUGGUGGCUCUGAAAACACUGUCUUACCCAUUUUUGGUCUAUGGUAUCACCUUACAUAGUGUCCUUCCCUAAAUAAAACCUUGAAAUGUGUUGACUGGAAUUUCAA